AUGGCCAUCCUCUCCCCGGUCCCAAAGGACGCCGAGUGUGCGCAUCUCGUGCUCCUUGGGGCUGGGAUUUUCAAGAACCGCAUGAUCCACGCAUCGCUGGCCGUGGCGUCGGAGUUGCUCAUGGAAGUCGAAGCGCAAGAGCCGGUGAUGGACUAUCGCUCGACCUGGCAGGAGCCUUCUGGAUAUCGAAAGAUGUUGAUGGACGCGUUAAGGGAGUCGCUGCGGCAGUCGACCGAGCGGAUUCGGCUGGGCGAGACCAACGUCAAACUCCAUAUGAAGUUGAGUAUGGCUAUGCGGCAGACUGAAGUGGCAGGUGAGAGUUCUUCGGUCCGAGCCAUGCAGCAGUUGGCUCAGGCUGCCAAAGAGAGCCUGGAGACUUCCUAUACAACUAUGCAAGAGCGGGCAGCUGCUCAAGGGGUCGACACCCAGACUGCAGGAAACGGCAGCUCCAUGUCCGCGGACUUUGACCCGGAUGACUUCGAUAUGCCAGAGAACCUCUCCCUUGGCUCCGACUUCAACUUGGACGAUCUCUUCUUCCUUCCCGCAGAUAUGGGUCUGGAUAGCCAAGCGGGGCCUCCUACCUACUUGUAG